AUGAAAUACUUAUUUAUUUAUGCCACGUUUUUGGUAAGUGUUUAAUGUUUUUAUGAUUUCAUUCCUGAUGACAUUAUCACCUUCACUUUGCAAGCAAACUAAGAGGAUAUUUUAUUCGAGAAUAUAACAGAACCAACCUUAAUAAAAGGAGCAUAUUAAGUCAAUCAUCACAAAGAUGUUAUUGAUUUUUCAGUAAAAACACCUGCUGGAAGAACAAUAUAUUCAAAGUUAUCAACAAACAAAGGAAAUUUCACCGUUUAAGCAACUGAAAUUGGGUUAUAUUCAAUAAUAUUCAACAAUAAAAAAAAGGCUAAUUAAUUACUUACCUAUGCAGUGGAUGUGGUUAAAGAUAAGGAUGAUAAAAUCAAAUCAACAGAUAUUGACCCAUUAGAAUUAGACAUCGAUUAUAUUCAGAAUGGACUUUAAGAAUUAUAUUAUGAUCAUAAAUUUUAACAAAUCAGAUAUGAAUCAUCUACUCAAUAAGUUAAAGAAGCCAAUAAGAAAAUCUAUGUUUUUACAGUUAUUGAAACUAUAUUUAUAGUUUUAGUUACAAUAUGGCAGAUUUGGUAUAUUAAGAGAUUGUACAACAAAAGAUCACCAUUACUCUUAUGA